ACAUUUUAAUUAAUAAACGCUUCACACAGGAUUAAGACCAAAAAAAAAAAAUAUUCUCACGCUCAGAUUGGACAAUUUGCUUUCAAAACUAUGGAAAGCAAGACUGUGAUGUUACCUGCACUUUUUCUUGCCUGGCUUGCGCUCGUUAACGGAUCUCCUGAUGUUGGCCAGCUUCCCAAAGCAGCAAAUGUGUUAUGGUCAUCUUACAAUUUCAAAACAAUUCUAACAUGGGGACCUAAACCUGUCAACUACACCUAUACAGUUGAAUUCUCAAGAGUUGAUGGGGACAGAGAGAAAAACCCUCACUGCAUUAGAAGCUCCGAAACCGAGUGUGACCUGACCAAUAAACUGUUGGACCUGAAGCAAACCUAUUCUGCUGUGGUGUUCUCAGAACCACUGUCCGGAUUAACGACAGAUCAUGAAGAAUCUUCCUUCACCAGAUCAAAGACAUUCUGCCCUUACAAUGACACUCUAAUAGGAAGACCCGAGUUCAAAAUAGUGGUUCGAGAGGACAAGAAGAUUAUGCUGAACAUAAGCGACCCAGUCACAGCUCUGCAGAAAAAUGGAAGAUCUCUUAACAUCCGUGAUAUCUUUAUGAAAAAGCUCCAAUACAAAAUCGCAUACAACAAGGCUGGAAGCACAGGAAAAAAAACACACAUUGCGGAAAAAAGUCAAGUGGAGUUUAAAACACUUGAUGUGGAUCAGAGUUACUGCUUCAGUGUGGCGGCAUACAUCCCCUCUCGUCAAGGAGACAAGAGGGUUGGGGCGUGGAGCCUCCCCAAAUGCUCCCCACAGGAGAACAAGACCAUGCUUGAGGAGUAUGGACUAUCUGUGAUUGGAGGAGCAGCACUUGUUAUCCUGGUUGUGAUUAUUGGUGUAAUUGUUCUUAUUGUGUUGUGCUGCAAACGAGCACAAAAACAAACCCUGAUGGCCAAGGAAGCUGUAGUCUAGAUUCUAGCAUACAGGAAUCUGCUGAUCAAGCGCAGACUGGGACAUACAGCAGGACUGUUUUAACCCUCCUUUCUGCAGUGCAAAAAUGGACUGGUUUCUGUGAAACACUUCCAGUAUGUGAUAUGUUGUACAUAUCAAAGCCUAAUUCUUUUAAUGUUGUGGAUGAAUAGAACUGUAUAUUUUAAUGAAUAUUCUUAUUUAUUUCCUCAGAAAUACAUGGGUAUGUUAGCUUCUAUAUGUGAAAUAUAUAUUUUUAUUUCCAGAGGAACAAUAUUUACUCCUAAUAUUUAAAUGUAAAUUAUACUUGCUGGAAUUUCACUAGCAA